CGGUGAUGAGGGCGAUGACCUCUCAGGUGCACGCUGAUGCCCGUGCGUAUCCUAUCAAAGCAUGCAUCCUUGUCGCGUCAUGCAAUCAAAAGCACAGAUCAGACGUAAAACCGAGUCUGCGUAACGAUCGCAAGCAUCGCGAGGGCGGACAUAGCCAGACGUUGUCCUUGAAGACUCGCCGAUCCCGAUCAGCUUAUCACUGCGAAACGCCAUUGGAGCGCGACCGUCGUCUCCCCGGCCUUAACUUGAUUCCGACGUCGGAGCGCUGCCCACCCAACAGGUAUCAUCUACUGCCCCCUUGUUUAUUCGUGCUCCUGGCCGCCCGCCAUGACGGCUUUCGACACGACCCUUGGUUGCUUUUUCAUUGGUAUCGUGCUUUCGACUCUAUUCUAUGGCUGUACCGUUGCCCAAGUCAUUUAUUAUGCUCGCCAUUACCGGGAAGAUCGCUGGGGCUUCAAGACCUUUGUGUGGCUCUUGUGGCUCUUGGACACACUGGUGACCAUAUUGGAUGUGGCGCUCAUUUGGGAUUUCCUCAUCUCGGGUCACGCCAAUUUGCUGAAGCUCGGCACUAUGCCAAACUCUGGUGUCGUCGAGUACCUUGUUGUGACGAUCGUAACCCUCACGGUACAGAUAUAUUAUACCAUGACCAUCUGGAAACUCAUCAAGAGCAAGACGUACAAGAUCCUCAUCACUUCCGUAGUGACGGUGAUCUCACUAGUGUCGUUUGCUUUCGGCAUAGAGAACGUCUACGAAGUCGCUCACAAUCCCGCCAUUCCAGCGGUUUAUACAAUGACCGUGGUCCCAGCAACGGUGCAGCCGGUGAUGGCCUGCAUUGCGGAUAUUUAUAUCACUGUUGCACUGUCUUGGUUGCUGCAGAGAGAGCGGACCAUGUUUUCACAUACUGAUUCGUUGAUAAAUACGCUGACGGCGUGGGCCAUCAACCGGGGCGCGUUAACUGCUGCUAUGCAGACAGCCCAAGCAAUUACUUACAUUGCUGCGGACAAGGAUGUAUUCUACUGGUCGAUAUUCCAUUUCGCGGGCGGGAAAGCUUAUGUGAACUCCGUCCUCGCGAUAUUGAAUGCUCGACACUAUAUCCGUAGCGGUGGACGCAGUCACGGUACGGAUGCGUUCAGUGUACAAGAGAUGCCGAUGCACAACGUCUCAGCCCGGAAAGGUUUGGCCGAACGCAGCUGGCAGUGGCCGCAGUGGUCGCAGCGUUCGGCGAACAACGGAGUCAUGCUCGAAACCGACGUGAUUAGGCACUUUGACAAGUAGCGCUUAUUGUCUGCGACUCAUUGAUGCGUUCUGUGUACAUCCUAUGUACAUCAUGUCUUCGCCUGUGCGCGUGUGUAGGAAGGACCUUCCGACUGCCAGUUUUGAGACUCAAAUACUAUUUCUUGAUGCGUUUUAUUGUAAAUUUUUGCCACUCUUUUCUGUGUAGACCUCGCACAGUAGCCUCAGGCCUCGGCUGGUCACUACUGACCAGCCUAUAAAAUCGCGCGGCGGUCUCCUUCUAUCACCUUCGGUAUAGUACAUGCACCCAUGUUCUCUACACUAAUCGACAGUAGCCUGAACGAGUAUACGUAGAUGGGCC